CAAGCCGAGAGGGUCUGAGCCGAAAGUGGGACUCGGGGGAGGGAGGGACCCUCCUCCAACUCAAGGGUUCCGCGCUCAUCCAACGUUUGUCUGCCAUUUCCAGUCGGGGUCAUUCCAACGUCCGUGCUGGUUUCGGGGUUUCGCGUGAACCAGACCUAUCUCUCUCUCUCUCCUCUGCGUCAGGCUACUAGCAGGCGCAACGUCGCGUCGCCUUGCGCAGACGCACCUAACACCGUUUAACACCUUACAUUCUCUGACAAUGUCUCGCCUCGCGUCGCCAGACUCCCGCGCUGCGGCACCUCUCACCGCGUCGCCAUCCAACGGCUGUCUUUUCUCGUCGCGGCACCUGUCACCGCUUCUUCCCGUCAUCCUCCUCUCCGUCCUCCUUCUCCUCUCCCCACCGCUCCUCGUCGCCUCUGGCUCGCCCUCUCGGCAUAGCGAUCCAUUCUCAAACGACAUUGAUUCUCGCCACCGCAAUGACCGCGCCGACUAUCAAGUCAUCGCCGCCUCGCCAGGGGCGCGACGGCGCCUAGAUGCGGGGGGAGGUAGUGGCGCCGUGAGGCCAAGCUCAGUGGGGGGAAUGGCGGGGGGAACGCGGGAAGGGUGGGGGAUACGGGGAGCAGGGGGAAGGGGGGAUGUCGGGGAUGGGGGACGCUCCAGAAUAGGGCUGCGGAAAGUCGGGGGAGGUCGCGCGAAUGCGGGGCGCGCAAACGUGAAGCUGGCGGAGUCGCAAGUGUCAGCGCUGGUGCAGCUGAACGCGGCAUGGGGGGGCACAUGGCCCGGCAACUCCAAUGCCACCACGGCGUGCCGCCAGUGGGCCGGAGUCACAUGCAAUGCUGCUGGAUACGUCACUGCCUUACAGCUGCACUACAUGCAGGUGGUGAACGGCAGCAUUCCAUCCGCGCUAGUGCAGCUCUCUCUGCUUCGAACGCUCAACCUAUCGAAGCAAGCGGCUCUCAACAGCACGUUGGAGUUCAUCCCACCCCUCACCAACCUCCAAGUCCUUGACCUUCGCUACGCCAAUUUCUACGGCCCCAUACCUGAAGCCAUAGGCAACCUCACCGCCCUUUCGCACCUCGAUCUGCACACCUGGUCCCUCAACGGCACAUUCCCUUCCACCAUCGGUGCUCUUUCUCUCCUCACCUACCUGGAUCUGGGCGAGCUGGUUCCCAUCACUGGUCCCUUCUCCAAUCUCACCUGGCUCUCCUCCCUCACUUCCCUGCAAUACCUCUCGCUUGCGCACAACGACAUGUAUGGCGAGCUACCGCCUCUCACUUUCUCGCUCCUGCAGAAGCUGACCUCCCUGGACCUGAGCAGCCUCAAGUUUGGGUCCUUUCCAAACUGGAUCACCGUGCUUUCCGGCCUUAAAUACCUCAACCUGCACGGGCUGAUCCCGGACGACCGCCCUUUCUUCCGCACUGCCAUUGUGCCACAGGACCUCUCCAAGCUCGCCAGCCUGGAGUCCUUUGACGCGGCGAUGAACGGGCUGCUUGGAGUGCUGCCAGACUCGUGGGCGUCCCUCGUUAACCUCACAAGCCUCACUUUGAGCAGCAACAACAUCAGCGGAUCCAUUCCGCUCUCCUUCUCCAACCUCACCAACCUCCGCUCCCUGGCGCUGGACGCCAACCAAAUGUCUGGCCAGCUAAUCCAGGCGCUCAGUACCAACCUCGAAUCCGUGGCUCUCGCACUCAACCAGUUCGACGGCCCGAUACCAUCCGUGCUCGUUGGUCUUCCCCGUCUCACCGCAUUGUCUAUCGAGUCCAACCGUUUCUCUGGGAACAUCCCUACUUACAUCUCUCGGCUCUCCUCCAUCCAAUACCUGAAUCUGGGGGGGAAUCAGCUCACUGGGGGUCUCUCCAGUCUCUUCCCAAUGACAUGGCUCACUAGUCUGGAACUGAUGCACAACCAGUUCUCCGGCCCGGUUCCUCUUGCGCUCUCCCGUCUCUCCAACCUAAACUUGCUAGCUCUUGCCUUCAACAACUUCACAGGAACGUUCCCUGCGGCGGCCCUGCAAAUCCCCAGCCUCAGUGUCAUCGACCUAGGAUACAAUCAGUUCAGCGGCCCCAUUCCUGCUGCUCUCAGUCGCCUCUCCUUCCUCCAAGGGCUCACUCUCAACUUCAACCGCUUCACUGGCAUCAUUCCUCCUGCACUGCACCGCAUCUCUUCGCUUGGCCAACUAAUGCUUGCGGGCAACAGGCUGAGCGGCCCCAUACCGCAGGAGAUCCGCAACUGGCCCACGCUCUACCGGCUGGACCUCCGGUACAACCAGUUCACAGGGUCUCUGCCCAACUUCACAGCCUGGAACACCACUAGCUUGGGCAUACUCUACCUCGGCAGCAACAACCUCACAGGCCCUAUCCCGGAGUCCAUCGGCAAUCUCACGUCGCUGCAGCUGCUGUCUCUGGACAGCAACAGGCUCACGGGGUCGUUGCCUGUGAAUAUCUCUGCGCUCACGCAACUCAGUGCCCUGUCACUGGGCAACAACGCCAUUAUUGGGCCAGUCGCUGAUACCCUCGCCAACCUGACAUCGCUCGAGACACUGUGGCUGUUCGGCAACAACCUCACAGGCACCAUCCCCUCCUCCCUCUGCAACCUCACUCGCAUGAACAGCCUGGUGUUGAGGAACAACCUCUUCUACGGAACCAUGCCUUCGUGCCUUGUCAACUUCGCCAGCCUUAGGGACCUCGACCUGAGCAACAACUCGCUGACGGGGCCCAUGAACCGCAACAUGAAGGGCAUGAACCCGGCCUACAGCACACUCAACGUCGCCCACAACUUCUUCUAUGGGGAUCCCACUCUCUUUGCCAAUGGCACCCUCUACUGCCCCGACCAGGUAGAGUACAAUGCGAGUUUCUAUGACUUCCAGGUUACAGGCCGCGACUACAUGUCCAGUGGUGGACAGGGGGCAUACCAAAAGGGGCGGGCGAGCCUGCGCGACAACUGCUUCGACAUGACUGUGGCAGCAGACAGUUGUGUGGCCAACGAGACGCAGAGGAGCGCGCAGGAAUGCCUCACGUACUGCGGCCUUACUGCCAACUCCCUGCCCUGCGCUGGCCACGGGAUGUGUGUGCCUGCCGCCGCUGCUGCUGCUGCUGCAGCUGCUAACGGUUCCAGUGACACGUCGGCUGCUGCUGCUGGUGGAAACGCAUCGGUGGUCGCUGGAAGUGCAUUCACGUGCUUGUGCGAUGAUGGAUAUUACCUGCUAUGGCUGGACAACGGCACCCCCACCUGCUCCCUCACACCUCCUGUGGUGCCGCCAGCGCCAGUGGUGCAGUCGUCCCUGUCCACAGGGGCCAUCAUUGCCAUUGUGGUUGGCUGCUGUGUUGCUCUCGCCAUUGUUGCUGCUGCUGUUGCUGCGGUGCUCAUUCUCAGGAAGCAGAAAAAGAGACGCACGUGGACGGACCUGGACGUGUGCAAGGAGUACAGCAUAGAGGAGGUGCGCGCGCUCACCAACAACUGGGACGCCCAGAACAUCCUGGGCGAGGGCGGCUUUGCCACUGUGUACCGCGGGGUGAACGCGCAGGGGCACGUCAUGGCAGUGAAGCGCGUCAAGCUCAUGUCCAAUGACUUUGAGACAGAGGUGCGCGCCAUGGCGACGCUGCACCACAAGAACCUGGUGCGGCUGCUGGGCUUCUGUCUGCACAUGGACGUGGAAACGGCCAAGCAGGAGCAGGUGCUCGUCUACGAGUAUGUGCCCAACCGCGACCUCGACCACCACAUCCGCUCGCCCAAACAGCCGUUGAGUCUGGAGGACCGUCUGAAGAUAGCACUGGGAGCAGCAGAGGGGUUGGCGUACCUGCACAGCUUUGAGACACCCAUCAUCCACCGGGACAUCAAGCCCUCCAACAUCCUUGUCACUGACACCAUGGAGGCAAAGAUCGGUGACUUUGGGCUGCUGAAGCAGCUCAAGUACGAGGCGGAUGGCAGCAACGUGGCCACCAAGGUGGCGGGCACGCCGGGCUAUGUGGACCCCGACUACAACCGCACCGCCAUGGUCACCACCAAGAGCGACGUGUACAGUUUUGGAGUGGUUCUUCUUGAGAUUCUCACAGGCCAGCCAGUCACCAUCGACAGGACCUGCCACAUUGGAAAAUGGGCGUCCAUGAAGCUGCACGACUACCAGAUCGAGGAGCUGAAAGACAAGACGCUCACAGCGUCAGAGGAUGCUGUCCUGGAGCUGGCUGACAUCGCCCUCGACUGCAUUAAGCGCCGUGCCGCCCACCGCCCCGACAUGACAGAUGUCGUGCUGCGAUUGGCCGCCAUGGUGCGGGAGUACUGCGCGAGGGAGGGCCAGGAGGGGGCGGAGGGAGGAGGAGGCGGGGAGGGGGAAGGAGAGGGGCGGGAGAGGCCCGGGCUGGCGAGGCUGGGCCGAAAGGGCUCGAAUGUGGAUUAUGAUGUGGUGAUGGGGGGUGGGCGGUCGUCUGGAGGGAUGACACUGCGAUCGGAGAUUGAGUCUCUGUGCGCCAACAGCGAGAUCAUGGAGCGCAACAAGGACUCGAUGGUUGCUGGGGGUAGCAGCUAUGUGGGGCUGCAGCAAGGACCCUCAGCACGCUGAGGGGGGGAGGGCGAGGGGAGGAAGCGGAGGGAGAGGAGGGGGGGGAGGGGGAGGAGUGUUAGAGCCCGAGUCUAGAAUUACCGUAAUCCCUCGUAUAAAACACCCUAUGGUGUUAAUAAAAAUGCAUCGAAAUUUUGGGCUGGGUGUAAUUAAAGGCAAAAUAAAUAAACCACCCAGGAGUUAUGGAAUGUGCAUAUGCAUUUUUUUAUUGGAAUUCAAGUGUGC